CAACGGUAAAAAAAUGUACCCUCCCUCUUUCCUGCAAACCCCACGGAUUAACCACCACAAAUCAAAAAUCAAAAUCCCUAAAAAAGUAAAAAUGGCUUCCUCCAUCUCAAUUGCUCGUCUGAUUAGCCACUAAAUCUCGAUUAAUCGCAAAAGUUUCCUUCUCCUUCGAUGGUUGCUGUGGUGGGCGCUGCUUUUUUGGCUCGCGUGAGGGAAGGAAUGCUUGUUUGGGGACGUUUGACAUUGAAGUCGGGCUAUGUGCCUGUGUCGAGAUCCGGUAAAAUCCGGCCAGUGUCGGACGUGAAUUGAAGGAAUCGGAUGAUUUCUGAGGUAAAAUCAAAUGCUUGGAUGAAAAGGGAAUGAAAUUUAGGGUUUUUAUCUGGGUUGUAAUCUGAUCCCAGGAUCAGAGAGAGAAAGAGAGAGAAUUUGAGAUUUUCGUAACCCUACGGAAGGGCCGGUUUGAAGGUGACGGAGAAUUGAAUGUGGACACGGAGAGAUAGAGAAAGAGAGUAUAGAAUCGAGCGGCGAGAUUUUAAUCUCUCCAACUAGACCCUCAGAGAAAAGGGAAUCGAGUGGCAGAAAGAGAGGGAUUUCGAGGGGUUCGAUGGAGAAAAUGUUAGCUUUAAAUCAAAGGAUUUUGAAUCCUGAAGAUUGUAAUUGUAAUAGGAAUUCAAAAUUUUUGUCUGCAUCCUGCAGGUAAUUUUUUUCCUUCGCGUUUUUACAAUUUUUUUUUCUUUUGUUCUGAGAAUGCCAUGGUUAUAGUGAUUGGCUUCUUAGAUUGCAGGUGAAUAUGUUUUGGUACUCUGGAAUUCCAUGUUUGGUAUUCUGGUUAUGAGUUCUUUAUUUUUGUUACUUGUUGAUGGUGAUGAUUGACAGACAACCUCUCUGAGGUAUUCUUAGUGAAGCUGAAAUCUGGAUUUUCUUUUGCAUUGGUCUUGUUAGUUUAAACUUAGGUUUUGUUAGAUGAAUGUGGAUGGAUGAAUUAGUUGGUUUGAUUUGUUCUUGUUCUUGAGUUGCUGCCAGCUUGACCUGAGGUAGGUUUUGGUUUUGUUUGUUGAAUUGGUUGAAGAUGUUGAAUUGUUGAUGGGUUUGGAUAUGAGCUUGAGUUUUGAGUCAUAUAACUGUUAAUGUUGCCAUGGUUUCAUACAUUUUACGAGUAUAAUGGGAAGUUGAUUUUAAUCACUUUAAUCUGAAAAACUUUGAUCAGCAAUUCAUGAUGGAAAUGCAUGUUUUCAUACUGCUAGGUUGUUCUGCUUGUUACAUUGUUUCUCUCCUUUUCUUUGUUACUUACUAAUGAGUCUUACUGAC